UCGCCGUGAACUCUCGGCCAGUAGCUAGCAUCACGAUAUCGUGACAUUCGGGAAGUAGUACUACAUUCUAGAAUACUGUUCCGGGACUUCACGACCUUAGACGAACAAAGGGAAAAUGCGACUUAGGCCAACUGUGACACUUACUUGGUGACAACAUUGGAAACUACACGAUGAGGUGCUUUACAAGAGGAUAUUCUGUAAUUAUACAAAUGCGUCAUUGCAGCGACUUUCGCAGAGUACAUUAUGCUAACGGUGUUGAAGAACCUAUUUUCCGAAUAUUCGUCACUGAAAUGGCCGUUGAUGUUUCAUGUCGGUGCGUGAUGAUGCUGUUUACUUAAAACAAAGAGAGAUAUCACUUCUAAGCAAAUUAAAAGAUCGUUGCUUAAUACAGUGAUUUUACCACAUGGAUACAAUCAUAGUCAACACACACGGAUCAGGUAGAAAUAUAUGGAUAUUACAUGAUGUAUUGCAUUGUAUCACACAGUCCGACGAUUCAGUUUUCGGAAGCAGUCUUGUCAACACAAACAUUACGUUUGAAAGAGGUGUAGUAUUCGUUUUUGUGACUUUUUAAGACACCUGGCGAAAUUGUAGUUUUUGAUGAUAUCCAUUUAUUGUAAAAAUUAAAACAACUAUGUGACACGACCUUGGAUCCAACAAGAGCUUAAACACGCCUUUUCUGGACACAUUAAUCGAUGGAAUGAUCGACUCCAGACAGAUACAGAACACAUUAAGGGGCAACUUUUUAGUUUUUUUAUCUGACAAGAUUCUGAAUAAACAGAAAACUCUACCUCCAUUUUCCGAGAUGCGAACCGGGGACUCUGCGAAUGGAGGUCAGGGCUCUUUCAGCUGAGCGUGUAGAAAAACCAAUACGACUGUCUAGCGCAGGUCUAAAAUUUAAUUCCUUGUCAACGGACUCGAUAAACACGUGUUCCCUAGCUACGGCUAUUAGAAGCACUGUAUGCAAAUAUUGUUCAUGUUGGACAUUAUUUUGGUGGACGCUAAAAUAUCGGAGGCCAUUCAAACAGACUCCUUUUUUGACAUUGCCUUGGUAACAUCAUGUGGCAGCGUAUUCUGAUGAUGAUGGCGUUUCGUGCUGUACUGUGUCUAGAAAACUGUCGCGUCAAAGUCGUGAACAAGAAAUUUCACACUCUCUUUACAGUGCAUGGACGAGAUCUACAGAACGAACUAAUUGGAUUAAAAAUAACUCCAGCCAGUAAUGGCGCCAGGAGCUGCUUCAUAGAGGAAGACCAGUUUUUGAUGUCGCAGGUCAACAAAACACAGCCGAGGAACCUCAUACUAAAUAUGGUUUGUCCUGUUCUCGAUCCACCUCUGACAGUCCGCAUACUGCCCGGCUCGAUUACGACAAUGCACAACGUUAUAGGUUAUCUGCAAACUGACUGCCGUUUGUUCAUGGAUGAUUUUGAAAGACUGGCCAAUUUAUUCCACUUCAAGGUCACGACUCUGGUUGGACAGUCGGAUCUAGUGCAAAAUGCGUCCGAAGUCGAGUGCUCCAGUCUCACGCAGAUUGGUAGCCUAACUGUACUCAGCAAUGGCAUUACGCCUAUCAACAUAACCAGUCUACUGAGUUGUGACGUCCACAAUGUUGUUGAGGUAAUUUUCCAAAACAUGUCCCUGAGAUCAAUCGACGAUUUUCAAAUUCUGAUGCCCAACCUACAAGGGUUAGAUUUAACAUAUAACGACUUUACAAGACCACCAUACUUUCCGUGGAAUAACCAUACCAUGAAUUUACCCCAUAACCUGUCUAGAAACGGAAUUCUUCAGAGCCAUUAUACGUAUUCUGGUGUCCUGGAUAUUCCAGCCAAUGUGUACAGGCGAGAGUUCAUACUCAAUCACAAUCCUAAUCUGAAUUUGACAAAUUUUCAGUUUCAUGGAUGGAUAGACAAACUGUCUCUUUCACACUGCAAUUUAAAGGAGCUAUCCUCUGGUGUGUUUUCUAAUACCUAUCGUCUGCAGUAUCUGCUGCUUGACGGUAACCAUCUGCACUCGCUGGCGUCAGACGUAUUUCACUCCCUGUCACAGCUGGGAAAACUAGAACUGCAAGGGAACAGUUUUACUUCAUUUCACGAUGACACAUUUUUAUUUCUUCGUGAGCUCAGAUCACUUAAUUUAGCCAACAACAGUAUUGCGUCGUUGCAGGGUGGGUUAUUCCGUGAUCUAGGAAGACUUGUAACUCUUUACCUGCAAGACAACAACAUUCGCUAUAUUACUCAGUCGGCAUUUCAGGGCAUCAAUACUCAUCUCAAGGAGCUUCAUCUCCAGAGUAACCCACUGUCACAAUUUCCAGAAGUGGUCUUUCUACUUCGUGGACUGCGUAGAGCAUAUUUGACUAAGAGUUCCAUCACCGAAAUUGAUUUUGUGAAAAUCGAAGCAGACGUGGCGUGGAGCGACUUGGUCGCUAGCUUAGCCGAUUCGUUGAGUACAGGAACUCCCAAUCUGAAUGACGUCAAAGGCGAGCCAAGAGUGAUUUUCAUGUCGGGAAGUCGAGUGACAUCCUUUCUGUUCUCGGCUGUUAAAGGAUAUGAAUCCUACUGGAGGCUGAGUCUCAUUCUGAAACAUUUUAAGAUCAUUCUCGACAAUAAUCCCAUUACUUGUGACUGCAACAUUCUGAACUUAACUCGUGCUGUGGAAGGCUUGAGAGCAAACAACUCGCUUACUGGAAUGGAGUACAUGUUCGAUAAUUGGAUCUGCAGUUAUCCCAACGACCUAGAGGGAAGGAUGUUGUUUAGUGUUGCCCCGAGAGAAACAUAUUGUGAGGCUGAUUUGGUAAAGUGUCCAACGAUGUGCAAAUGCUAUAGGCGAUCUGAGAUUGGAACAAUUAUUGUUGACUGUCGCCGAAUGGGUUUGCUUGCUAUGCCGAAAAAUCUUCCUAUGGGCAAGUUGGAGAUGUGGUUGCAAGGCAAUGCGAUAGAAGACAUUGACGUAGGUAUUCAUAACACGGAUAUGGUUUCUAUUCUUUUGAGUGGAAAUGCUAUUCAGAACAUACGUCCAGAUACUCUUAAACAGAUGACUUCUUUACAGACGCUUUAUCUAGAUGAUAACCUCCUCACGUCCAUACCUCACGUGAUAACAAAAUUAAAUCUAACAAGUCUAAAGGUUGGUGGAAAUCCACUCAUGUGUAACUGUUAUGCUCUCUGGAUGAAGAACUGGAUUCUUUUCAACGGUAAAAUUAUACAAGACACUGCCAACAUUAAAUGCGUGAAUUCUGUAAGUGAUGAGGGUAUCCAUGUGUCAUUUGUUCCAGACGAAGACUUUGUGUGUGAGAUAUCCCUACAAGCAUUCAUUCUUCCAAUAGCCAUACCAACAUGCGUUGUACUUCUUCUUCUCACUCUGUGUUUGGCUCUGUUUAUAAUGUGGCAGGAUUUCAAAGUCUGGAUCUUCGUCCACACAGGUCUGCACCCAUUCGACCAAAAGGAUGAUCGAUGGAGCUGUCAGUAUGACGUGUUUGUGUUCUAUACGUCAACCCUAGUCGACUGGGUGCAGGGCCAUAUAACGGAGCCACUAGAGAUGAUGCAUGGGUUAAAACUGUUCGAUAUACAUCGUGAUUCACGAAUAGGGGUUUCGUAUCAGGAGAAUAUUUCACACGCAGUCCAGAGCAGCAAAAGGAUAUUGUUUAUUCUCACAAAAGAUUCAGAGGUUGAUGCCAUUGCAAGAAUGACGUUAGAUGCUGCCUUAACUAAACGUCGAUACCAAAAAUCGAAUUUCCUUUUACCAAUUAUCCAUCGGUGCUCACCGAAGAAAAUUACCCAUAAAUCGCUACAGAAGUACAUUAAAGCAAAACGUUAUGUAAACACUCAGGAAGCCUCGUUUCUUAAGAGGAUUUUGUAUUAUUUACCUCAAAACCAAAAGUCCCGAUCCGAAAAACGGUUGUGUGCAAUGAAUCCCCUGUCUGUUAAGGCUGUGAGCCGCCUCAACGGGCAAGUCAGUUGUAGUAGCAGUCAGAACGGCAGCCCCGUGUCUAGUCAUACCUGCAGCAUUCAGUUAUCGGUCUCAAAUCACACAAUACAUUCCAACGUGUUCGUGUGGUAUGCCGAUGCAGAUUUUCGAUUCACAAUGGAAAACGUCGUCCUUCCUUAUGAAAAAAUUGGAUACAAUUGCAUUCUUGCAGACAGAAACUUCAUUCCUGGCGCAGCCAUCCAGGAGAACAUCCUCAGUGCUGUUAACAACAGUUUCCGAAUUGUGAUAGUCCUAUCCCAGGCUAGUUCGCAUGACGAAUGGCUGCUGUUUGUGUUCCGCUUCGCGUACGAGCAUCAGAUCAAACAGAGGACCUUCCUGGUAGGUCUCCUGAUCAGAGAUGACCCGGAGCCGGUUGUCAUGGACGACGAAAUCGUCAAGCAUCUGGAAUCUCAUGUUUCUAUUAAGGAAUGUGAUCGCUGGUUCCACGAAAAGCUUAUGGUAUUUUUAAAGCCAUGCGACACAGAAGGGAUGUUAAAUGAAUCAGUAUUUCAGGUGGAACUAGACUGUGAUGGUAAUUUUAAUGGCUCAAAUGAAGUGUUCUCCUUUGGGUUUGUCAGUCAUCUGUAGUGACUAGAGGGAUAGUUUUAAUGGCAAGUGAUAGCAAUACUAUUAGACUAUCCUCGGUUUAUAGUUAGGCCAAAACAAAUGUAUUAGUCUGGGCGUAGAUAGGGGUGGAUUGUCACCUGGUAGGGGAAUUUAUACGGGUAGUAUAUUUGUGUAGCUGACACCUUCGAGAUACAGGAUCUGCCUGUUGAUCGUGUCAACUAGGGGGGCAACAUUGCAGUUGAGCCUCUUCAAGUGGGGUUAUAGCCACGAUUAUUGUAUCGUCGGAUAGCUAUAUGCAAUAGUUUUCCAAUGACUAUAAACACUUGACCCAGAAACACACUAGGAAAGAAACUACCCCUUAAAUUUCAAACAAUUUUUUUCAAAAAGUCACGUUUCAAAUUGUGAUAUUAAAAUUAUGGAUUUGUUGUCGAUAGAUUAAUAUUUCUUAGUUCGGCCACUGUAUCCACAAUAAAACGCAUAUCUAUUUUGAAGGUAUACAUCGCAAAGAUGUUCAUACAUACUCAUAUGAGAACCAGCUACAAAAUGUGGCAUUUGUGUAUUAUUGUUCAUACAUAUGCACUGGCUGUUGUUCAUUUUAGUUAAAAGUCUGGCAUCACACAAGCGGUAACCAUUUACAAAUCUUUAUCAUCAUCAUGCAUUCUUUAAGUACAAACACACUAGAAAAGAAACCCAACUCCUUAAAUUUCAAAUAGAUUUCUUCAUAAAGUCACGUUUCAAGUUAUGUGAUAUCAAAAUUAUAAAGUCUUUGUCAACUUCUCAACAUCUUCUGGUCAGGUCUGUAUGUAUAUACAACAUUUAAAAUACACCUUUGAAAACCUACCUGUGUAUGUAAUGCUGAAAAUGUUGUGAGAAAAACUGUACCACAUCCUUUUAAAUAUUAAUCAAAUUGG